AUGAGCCGGUCUGUAACGACUGUAACAGACUUGUGGAGGAAAUGGUCAGUUGGUCUUGCUGCUAUUCGACAACUUGAAGAAAACCAUGGAGCCCGAUGGCGUUCAGGUGACAAGGGUAUUCAGAUGAGGUUUUUGCAUACUCGUCUCCGGAUUAUUCGCGCAGUCGAAGGCGUGGCAUCCGAAAGAGGGAUCACUGAAGUCGACGCUGCUGAUAUCCUGGAAAAUCGGCGAUCAACAAAUAAGCGGUCGUUGAAUAAGCUGUCCAAAAGCAUCAGAGCUCAACUCCCGUUGAGCAUGGUGGUUUUCUUCUUUCUCAGAGUGCGUUAUGCUCAUAGUUAG